AUGACCAUUCACAUGGCUUGUAUUUCAUAUCUGCAGACGGCUGCUACUGCAGCCUAUGAGCUCAGAAGCCAAUUAGCCGACGCACAACAAACAGUCGAGCAAUUGGAGACGACUCUGCGUGACCUUAAGGAGAGACAACAUCAAGAGGCGCAAGCACAAACAUUGGACACUGGACUGAAGAAGGAAGAGCUGGAGACCAUCGUGCAGCAACAGACAGACACCAUCGCGGAGCUGACGUCCAAUAUUGAUGAUCUGGAACAGAAGGCGCAGAAGUAUCACAACCGAAUGGCUGUGCUUGAAGGGGAG